UUUUUGGUCUUUAAUUUAUGGGUGGGGGGAUAUUAAAUUUGUGAUUGAAGUGCUUUGGGGAGAAGUUAGCAAAUAAUCAGUACACCUCAAUAGUUCAAAAGGUCUUGAAGCAUUUUUAUACUUUUCUUAUUAGUUUAGGACAGGCCUAUAAUAAAUUUACCUUCCUGAAUCUUUGAGAUUUGAAGCAAUCUUUUCUCGUCUACCAUGAACCUAUGUUCCAUAGAAAGAGUGUAAGAUCUCAGGAAUAUGAGUGUAUGCUUUAAAGAGAAAGUCAUAUCAUCUAACUGAGGGUUUGUGAUUUGUCACAGGUACCAAGACAGCAGUGUGAGGUCAGCUUUUACGCCCGUGCUGACCAAAGGAGUCCGUACUCCUUUUGUGCCUAAGCCUGGGCCUCUGAAGAGUGGCCUCAAUGUCCAGAGCUCAGAUGGCCACCUAAAUAAGAGAUUCCGCCCCUACAAACGUGGCAUCCCUAUGUCUGGUCGCAGUCACAAUGCCAUUCCCAGCGACUACAGCUCGACUGGAGGGGUGUCUCAGCUCCGUAAGAGAAGAGGUUCCGGUGCCUCAUCCUUCUCCAUCCCCACCUCGUGCUACAUGAAGACAAUAGAGAGGCCAGCAAAGAAAAUGAGAGAAGAGGAGCUUCCUCCUAACUCUGGCUCCUCAGCUCCCUUGGGAAGUGACACGCAGUCCCAGGGAGAACAGGCUACAACCACAUCUGGGAAGGCCAACUCCAGGGAUUCUCCACCCAGCAGCACCCGGCCACGCAAACGCAAAUUCCAACUGGUGCCCUCCAGGCGAGGGAUCCCGCUUAUCUUGCCUGAAACACCCAUCCUCGGCUAUCCCAUCACAGUCGAGGAUUAUGAGCAAGUUCAGACUGACUGGGUGAAGACCAUCUUCGAGGAUAAGACUGGUGAGGAAUACGGGUUAAUUUCACACCCCAGAGAUGGUUCCCUUUGGUUUUAUUUUGGUCUUUCUCCACUGAGAAAUCCAGCUCUUGGGUUCUCAGUGGACUCCGAGCACAGGACUGCUGCUUCCUCAGCCUCCCUCCCAGCCCCAAGCACUAACCUGCUGCUGGGCAGCUUGGGGGAGUUGGCAAACUCCCUGGGCCUACCAUCUUUCCCAGGGUGGGGUCCCUUCCCCUCUGGGAAAGAACAGGAUCAGAAGCACGAGAAAGAUCUGACCUCGCUGGCAGUCACCCACGACCAAGAUCUGCAGGAUGAAAGCCCCGAGGAGCCUGAGGGAAAACGCACGUGUUUAGAUAACGACAUCGAAGAUAACGACAUCGAAGACAUCGACAUCGGCAGGAACUAG